CAUAGCAGGCAUAGAGGAAUCUGGGUGGGCUCGUGAGUGAAAGAAGCCGCGUGGCCGAGAGGCGAGUGCACACGCUCAAGCGCGCCAGAGCCGACGCUCAAGAAGCUCUUGUCCCUAGUGGCGGCCGAGCGCUGUACCUUUAGGAAGUGGAAAGAAAGCGAUGUGGAACAGCGACGAGAGAGCGAGAGAAUGAAUGAAGCCAGAGGGUGAUAGAAGAACUUGUAUUCAUGGCACUCUGCACGGGAAGAGGGUUCUUGUCGUGCGGAAUUCCAAGAACCCGACCUCUGCUUUGGAGCCAACGACAGGGUGGUGCAGUUUCUCCUACACUCCGCCCAAAUUUGCGCAAGAUGGAAAUGGCAUCGGCAAGCUUGAAUGAAGGUGGACAGGAGGCGGGACGAGAACCAGCUGAAAUGCUUUCAAAACUAAAUAUUGCAUCCAGUGGUGUUUUGCCCCGAACGGAACUCUACCCCGUGAUUGAACCUCAUCGAUCUGGACAUUUGAAAGUGUCAGAUCUUCAUUCUUUGUACUGGGAGGAAAGUGGCAAUGCUGAUGGAGAGCCCGUGGUGUUUCUGCAUGGUGGACCUGGUGCUGGAACAAGUGGUAGCAAUCGAAGAUUUUUCGAUCCUGAGUGGUAUCGUAUCAUUCUCUUUGACCAGAGGGGUGCAGGAAAGAGUACCCCCCAUGCAUGUGUUGAAGAGAACACCACUUGGGACCUCGUGAACGACAUUGAAAAGAUUCGAGAGCAUCUUGGCGUUGAGAAGUGGAAGGUGUUCGGGGGUUCAUGGGGAAGUACAUUGGCACUGACGUAUGCUCAGACACAUCCAGAUAAAGUAACUGGGAUUGUAUUGCGUGGCAUAUUCCUAUUAAGGAAGAAAGAAAUCGAUUGGUUUUACCAGUCUGGUUGCUCAGCAAUUUUUCCAGAUGCUUGGGAAUCCUAUCGAGACCACAUCUCUGAAGACGAGCGCGAUGACUUUUUGACUGCUUACAACAAACGAUUAUUCAGUAGUGAUGUGGAAGUCCAGUUAGCAGCUGCAAAGGCUUGGACAAAUUGGGAGAUGGCGACCUCAUACCUUGUCCCCAACGAAGAUUCCUUGAAGCGGGGUGAAAAUGAGAAAUUCGCUUUGGCAUUUGCUCGGGUGGAGAACCAUUACUUCUCAAAUAAAGGUUUCUUUCCAGAGGACUCGUUCAUUUUGAACAAUAUGAGUAAAAUCAAGCAUAUCCCUGGUGUUAUCGUUCAGGGACGGUAUGAUGUUGUGUGUCCGAUGAUGUCGGCAUGGGAUCUUCACAAGGCCUGGCCAGAGGCAUUAUUCAAGGUUGUCAAGACCGCUGGACACUCGGCUAAUGAGAAAGGAAUAUCUGCCGAGCUGGUGGCUGCUACGGAACAUAUGAAGUUUCUGUCACAGAAGAAAUCUACUUCAUGAUUUCUGAUUUUCUGUGACCCUCUGUAGCUUCAUACUUGUCUAUCAUGUGAUGUACAUUUCUGUGCUCCACAUGCGUACUUUUAUUUUACUUUCCGUUAAGAAGUUCUCCAUGUUUUGGUUUGUUUCCGUAAUCCGAAGUGUAAGGAAACAUUUUGGAGCUAGAUGGGAGGUGGUUAUAUGAUCAUGUUGGUUGGCGGCUUAAAUUUGAAAUAAACGUCGGUGAGUAUUUCAAUUGCUGCAGUUUGUAGCUCCAAUAACUAUCACGUAUCUCUUUGAAUAAAGGUCGUGGG